GCUGCGGGAGCCGGAGCCAGGUGUCCUGCUGGCUGGGUCACGGCGGCGGCCAUGAGGCGGAGGGCCCCUGAGGAAGAAGCCUGCGGCGUGUGGCUGGACGCGGCGGCGCUGAAGCGGCGGAGAGUGCAGACACAUUUAAUGAAGCCAAACACCAAAAUGCUAACACUCUUUCCUGGAGAGAAAAAGGCUAAGAUUUCUUUUACUCAAAGAAUUCCCCCUACAGGCACUCGGCAGACCAGCAUUGCUUCCUUCUUCACCUUGCAGCCAGGAAAGACAAAUGGUGGUGACCAGAGGAGUGUUUCAUCUCAUACAGAAAGUCAGAUCAACGAGUCUAAGAAAGAUGCAACCCAUCUAGAUCAUCUGAUCCAGGGCUUGGAGGACGAUUCCAUGUCACCCCCAUUAGCCACUUCAACCCCUGCAGAUACCCAGGAAGCUGGACUUUCUCCUCAUUCCCUCCAGACUUCUGACCACCAUAGAAUGGGAACUCCAUUUUUGACUAUGCUGUCUUUGCCCCAGCCUGACACCUUGGUCUGUGCUGGAAAGAGUAAAGCCUCAUUCUCUUGUUCCUUCACUCAGAACUUGGAAGGUUCUUACUUGCUGGGCCAAAAGGAAGGAGAGAAAGACUCUUCCUGGAAAAGGGAAUGGCUUCAUGGAUCUAAGGAAAAAAACCAUCAGGAUGUAGAGAGACGCGUUCAACCACCUGGGGGCAAGGGCCUUCAGCACUUGGACAAGAUUAAAUUGGAAAAGGUGUCUGCCAGAGAAACCAGGCAGGCCCCCAUCCUCCUUCAAACAUGCAGGGAUUCCUGGAGUGGAGAAAACACAGACUCAGUGAAACAAAGCCCUUGUCCUGUCCCUGCGUUUUCCUGGGACAGUGAAAAGAAUGACAAGGACUCCUGGAGUCAGCUUUUCACUGAGGAUUCUCAGGGCCAGCGGGUUAUUGCCCACAACUCCAGAGCUCCUUUCCGAGAUGUAACAAACAAUCAGAAUCGGGGCUUAGGGCAGUUUCAUAAUAGCUCUUGGGCUCAGUGCCAAGAGAGGCCCACUCAGUUAAAUCUGCAGCCUGAUUUGCUCUUUACCCAGGACUCUGAAGUAGGCUCCAUGCCCAGUGUGGAGCCCAAUACAGGGCUUGAAUUCAUGAUCCUGAGAUCAAGACCUGAGCUGAGAUCGAGUCGGACGCUUAACCAACUGAGCCACUCAAGCGCCCCAAUGGUAGGUUUUUUUAAAAAAAACUGUUAUUUUUGUGGGGACUUUACAGCAUUUUAAAGUCUUAUAUUCUGUGUUUAAACAUCUCUCUCAAAAAAGUCUUGCUGGGGCCCCUGGGUGGCUCAGUCGGUUAAGCGUCUGCCUUCACACGUCAUGAUCUCAGGGUCCUGGGAUCGAGCCCUGCAUCGGGCUCCCUGCUCAGUGGAGAGUCUCUCUCUCCCUCUGCCCCUCCCCACCCCCCAUUUGUGCUCUCUUUCUUUCUCAAAUAAAUAAAAUCUUAAAAAAAAUAUUUUUAAAAAGCCUGUGCUUUAAAAAAAAAAAAAAAAAAAAAGCCUGAGGUUAUAUAGCAAUCUAGCUGUGAUGAUAUCAGUCUUCUAUAACGUGUAAGAGAACUCCUUUUGUAAAACUAUGAAUCCAAAUAAAUGGCUGUUUACAAAGCUGACUCUGAUGGUAAUUAAAAUAUUACCAUUUUAUUUCUGAAAACGCAACUUUUUAAUAGUUAAUAUGUUCUAUCAUUGCCAUGGGUCCCAUCUUAACACCCGUGUCUAUCCAAGAUGUUAUCCACCAGGUGGCAGUUUCCCAUGUUGCAGGUGUGCUACCUUAAGAGGCUUAAACAGCCUCUGGGGGCAAGUGUGCAAGUUCUAAGAUGGAACUACUUUUAAGAGUUUAGGGUAAGAUCCCUACAGAAGGGGAAAAGAGGCUCCCUACGGAAGUUUUUUUUUUAUGUAGGCAGGACUUUAUAAGGAAAGAGGGGAAGCCAGGAACCUGUUUAUGAAAGUUCACAUACCUUAAAAUUAACAGGAA